AUGGUGUCCCCGCCCCUCCGCAGCCGAGCACCUCGAGAGCUGGCCAGCGCCCCCUCUGCGGGCGGUUUCUGCGGCCCCCCGGCGGCGGGCGCCAUGCAGCUGGCUAGGGUCCGGGCAGGAGGCGCGCCGCGGGCCCGCCGCGGCGCCGCGCUCCUGGCCUCCUGCGCCGCGGCCGCGCUCGCCGCGCACCGGUGCCUCGCGUUCGGGCUCCUGGCGGGCAGGUCGUCAGGCGUGAAGCGCGGCGCAGUUGCCGUCGGGCGGCGGGCCGUGCAGACCGUGGAGGAGGUGCGGACAGAGGUCCGGGGCAAGGAGGGCUCCGCAGAGUUCCGAAGAUUCUUCCUUGGCGCGGACGGCAAGGAGGUCUCUCCGUGGCACGACCUGCCCCUCGAGGUCAGCGGCGUGAAGGGCGAUUUCUGGAUGGUCACGGAGAUACCGAAGAUGACGAAGCCAAAGAUGGAGAUCGCGACGAAGGAGCCGUGGAACCCGAUAGCGCAGGAUGUCAAGAACGGGGCGCUUCGUGAUUACCACGGCCCGAUCUUCUGGAAUUACGGGUUCCUCCCCCAGACUUGGGAGGAUCCUUCCCACAUGCACAAUGAGCUGAAAGUGAACGGCGACGAUGACCCUGUAGACGUUGUGGAGAUCGGCAGCCGAGCGCACAAGCAAGGCGAGAUUGUUAGAGUCAAGGUGUUGGGAGUAUUGGCAAUGAUCGAUUCGGGCGAGCUGGACUGGAAGGUUAUCGCGAUCUCCGCCGACGAUGAGCUCGCAGAUCAGCUCAACGACAUCAAAGACGUCGAGACGAAGAUGGUUGGCGUAGUGGCGGGGAUCCGCGAGUGGUUCCGGUGGUACAAGACGCCGGACGGGAAGCCCCUCAACAGCUUCGGCUACGGCGAAGAGGUUCUUGGCAAGAAGAGGGCGCUGGAGGUUAUCCAGGAGACGCACGAUUCGUGGGCCCGCCUGCGGGAGAGCGGCGGGUCCAAGCUGUGGACGGGCAAGUGA